GCUGGAAUGCGCAUGCGCCUCGUUUCUUGCUCCCUGUUUCUGGUGAAAAGCGAGCCAUGAACACGGCCCAGGGCACCGUGGGCAGCGACCCGGUCAUCUUGGCCACUGCCGGCUACGACCACACCGUCCGGUUCUGGCAGGCCCACAGCGGGAUAUGCACCCGGACGGUCCAGCACCAGGACUCCCAGGUGAAUGCCCUGGAGAUCACGCCGGACCGCAGCAUGGUAGCCGCUGCAGGCUACCAGCACAUUCGGAUGUAUGACCUGAACUCCAACAACCCCAACCCAGUGAUCAACUACGACGGCGUGAGCAAGAACAUAACCUCUGUGGGGUUCCACGAGGACGGCCGCUGGAUGUACACGGGGGGCGAGGACUGCAUGGCCCGGAUCUGGGACCUCAGGUCCCGCAACCUCCAGUGCCAGCGCAUCUUCCAAGUGAACGCGCCCAUCAACUGCGUCUGCCUGCACCCAAACCAGGCCGAACUUAUCGUGGGGGAUCAGAGUGGAGCCAUUCACAUCUGGGACCUGAAGACCGACCACAACGAGCAGCUCAUCCCGGAACCGGAAGUCUCGAUCAACUCGGUUCACAUCGACCCCGACGCCAGCUACAUGGCCGCCGUCAACAGCUCGGGCAACUGUUACGUGUGGAACCUAACAGGGGGCAUCGGAGACGAGGUGACCCAGCUCAUCCCGAAGACGAAGAUCCCCGCCCACAACCGUUACGCGCUCCAGUGCAAGUUCAGCCCAGACUCCACGCUCCUGGCCACUUGUUCGGCCGACCAGACCUGCAAGAUCUGGAAGACGUCCAACUUCUCCCUGAUGACGGAGCUGAGCAUCAAGAGCAACAACCCCGGGGAGACCUCCCGCGGCUGGAUGUGGGACUGUGCCUUCUCAGGAGACUCCCAGUACAUCGUCACCGCCUCCUCGGAUAAUCUGGCCCGGCUGUGGUGCGUGGAGAGCGGGGAGAUCAAGCGAGAGUACAGCGGCCACCAGAAGGCCGUCGUCUGCCUGGCUUUCAACGACAGCGUCUUGGGCUGAAGGGACCCGCCGGCCCAGCUUUGGGGCCCCCCGAGAGCAAGACAGAUCAGCCUGGGGUGAAAGCGCAGCGCGAGAACACAACCGUCGACAGGAAGAGACGGGGAGCGGAGGUGGUGUCUCCUCCCUUCAGUCGCCUCCUCCUGGGAGGGGAGGGGAGGCUCAUCCUGACAGACAGACACCCCAAGGAACUGGUGGAGAAGUUCCAUGUGUACGUUUUUGACACCCUCCCCACAACUAGAGACCAAAAAAUAAAAAAAAUCCCUCCUGUCUGAAGCACUGGGAGGGUGUUUCUUUUGCUCUUUCCUUGAGUGGCCUGUCGGCCACGGAUAAUAAAAGAUGUCUGAAAUAAAACACAGGCCCUUGCAGGAUCAAGGGGAAACGCGUGGUGAUCUUUGUGGGAGCGUGUCGCCCCCAAGAAUGG